GGAAGGCAAGGAAUGCACAGCUGGUGAGUCAUCGGUGGCUUUACAUCUCAUGCCUUUGUCAUUUUGACCAGCCCGUUUCAGGCAGUUUGCGCUAUGUGAAGGGGAAGAUGCUUGCAAGGUGGAUGAAGUGUGUGUGAGACCUGGGAUCUGCCUCUGCAAACCUGGUUUCUUUGGAGCCAACUGCAACUCCCGUGAGUAUGGGCAUGGAGGGGCUAGUAAGGAAGGGGCAGGGCAGACUCUCAUCCUUAGACAUACAGAAAAUUCCCUGUGAUCCCAGAGACUCCAUGUGUGAUGCAGUGCUCACUGCACCCACCAGGACGUUGGCAGGGUCCCAGGAGGUGAGCUCAGGCCAGAGGUCCCAGCAUGAUGGCACGUGGUCACAGUUAAGUGCCUCCAGGUGCCCAGCAGCCAGCCACUUGGCCCAUCCAUGAGCACAGGCAGCUACAUCCACAUGUUAUAGCAGAGCAGAGACAGUGUUUGGGGCCUGCUGCUCUGAUGUCUCCUCCCAGUUGGGUGUCUGUUUGGUAGUCCUCAGUCUCCCUGCAGCAUCGGAUCUACAAGGGCCUACCAGGCUGUGCCCUUCCAUGGCUCACAACGCCUCCGAGGGAAAGAACACCCAACCCAUUGCCAGAUUGCUCUCCUCCCUGUGGCACAGAGAGUCCUGUACUCCUGCAUGGUGACCUGUUAUGUGUCUUCUUCCCUUUGUAGGCUGCCCUGACCAGUACUGGGGCUCGGACUGCAAGAAGAGCUGUUCAUGUCAUCCCAAUGGGAAGUGUGACCCUGUAAGCGGCCAGUGCACUUGCAAUGCCAACCGCUGGGGAGUACUCUGCGAGUUCCCAUGCCAGUGUGCACCUCAUGGCCACUGCAACCCCCACACUGGAGACUGUCACUGUGAGCCAGGCUGGUGGGGACCCAACUGCAAGAAGCAGUGUCUAUGCAGGGUGACCGGCUCCCGCUGUGACUCUGUCACAGGGCAGUGCGUCUGCACCCAGGGUUGGUGGGGCAGGAGAUGCAGCUUUAGAUGCACCUGCCACCUCUCACCCUGUGCCCAAGACUCAGGCAAGUGUGAGUGCAGGGCUGGGUUUUGGGGGCCAUUGUGCCAACAUCAUUGUGACUGCCUGCAUGGGAACUGCAACCGUCUUGAUGGGCAUUGCAGCUGCAACCCUGGCUAUCAGGGCAGGAGCUGUGGGGAUCCCUGUCCUGCCGGUUAUUACGGAUCUCAGUGCAGAUACAGCUGUGGGCACUGCAAGCAGAGCCAGCCCUGCUCUCCUGUGGAUGGGUUCUGCCUGGCGUGUGACUCUGGCUGGAACGGUACCCUCUGUAAGAAGCUGUGCAUACCUGGAUACCAUGGGGAGAACUGUGCACAGGUGUGUCCCAGCUGCCGAAAAGGGGAGACCUGUCAUCCAGAGACAGGGGCUUGCUUGAACUGUGACCCUGGCAAGACAGGACCCAGCUGUGAAGCAUCCUGCCCUGCUGGAACAUUUGGAGAUGGAUGCCGGUUCACCUGUCCGGACUGUGUUAAUGGGAGCUGUGAUCCAGUGUCUGGGGAGUGUAUCUGCCAGGCUGGCUACUGGGGCACCAGCUGCAAUGAGACUUGCCCAGAGGGUUUUUUUGGAGCGAACUGUUCUUCCCCCUGCCAAUGUCCAAGGGGCUCCUGCCACCCACACUCUGGGGACUGUGUGCUCAGAUCAAAGCACCAGGGAGCCCUGAUAGCUGGCAUUCUCAUCCCAUUACUCCUCCUAUUACUCUGUGUCACCUGCUGUUGCUGUGGCUGUGGAACCAGCCAGCUGGAUGCCAGAGACAGGAUGGCUGUUGCUGAUGGUGAUGCGGUUUCCAGAAUGAAACAUCAUGUGCAGGGGGUGCUGGCAAAUCUCAGCUCCAUGUUACCUUGCCUCUCACUGAGUGGCUACAAACUCCCCCGAAUCACAGUCUCCCACCAUGACACAGAGAUUCCCUUCAAUCCCAGCUUCAUUGAACCGCCUUCUGCUGCCUGGGCCUCAGACAGCUCCUUCUCCUCCUCCUUUGACACUGACAAUGAGGGCCCAGCCUACUGUGUCCCUGCCAGAGAAGAUGUUCCUGCAGUGGCAGGCUUUGAGCUUCAGGAAGGCAGCUCCAAAUGUCAUGAAUUUCCUGAUGCAUCAGCAUUUAAUUCUGAGGACGUCUCCCAGCCUUUCACCAUCCCCCGCACAUCCAGCAUUGCCAGAGCCAAGAGGCCCUCGGUGUCUUUUGCAGAAGGAACUAAAUUUGGCCCUCAGUGUCAAAGAGGCUCCAUGGAGACACCAAAUACCACUCGGAAGCCCAAAGCCUCCUGGGGUCUCACCAAACUUCCCUCUUGCCAGCACCUUGCUGACCCAGAGGAGGGGCCCCAGCAGGGUGGGUCGCCAGGUGACUGUUACGAAAACCCAGAGCCCAUCUCCGAGGCUGAGACUAGCCACCGGCCCUCCCCCAGGGGUACCCCAGGAGGCCACAGGACGGCAGUGUCCAGUGGCAGACAUGUGGCCCAGAGAGUCGAGGCCCUUGAGGCAGCUUUGAAUCCAAACACUUUGGAUGUUAGGGGGAAGGAGCAGAAUGUCACAACCAUUUAUGUGACUGUGGGGACAGCAGGGAAAUCCACCAAGCUCAAUGAGAGUGCCAAUGGAAGCAGAGAGGGGACAGUUCAGGCUGUACUGAAACGUUUGGGUAGCUUCCAGAGAGUAAAAAGGGCUGUCAGGGAGGAGCCCAUGGUGAGGAAAAGUACUGAGAGCAUCCAGAAACCUCCCCGCAGGGCCCUGAGCCCAGAGAGGGACUCCAGAGACAUGUUCCCUGAGCCAGCCCCUCCACGCAAGGAGAGCUCCAAGAUGACAGGUCUGGAGCCCUGUGAGUCACCUGAGCUCCUCACAGAUAGACACCAGAUAGAUGUUCCUGUGAAGAGAGAACCUCUCAUCCCCACAUCUCCUAUAUUGAAAAGACUAGUGGCUCAGGAAGGAGAAGACAGGGUCACAAGGGACCCCAAGAACAGUGAAAGUCUUGAAGAGGCCAGAAAUCUAGAAACAGAUGAACAGGCUGUUGUUGAGGAGGAACCCAAAUAUGAAAAUGUGUCUCCAAAUUACUAUCCUUCAGACGAGUCUCCUGCCAUCUCCCCUAACUGUGAGGCCAACACCUGAAAACCCACCCAGGACCCAAAUCCUGCCUCUUUUUCAGAACGGUGACAGUCAUCACGAUGUGGCUGUGGCCACAGGGGGCAGUGUACCUUGCAGAGCAGGCAAGGAGUUAUUGAAGAGUGCUAGUUCUGCAACAUGUCUGGUAUUAGAGGGAACCCAGAAUUUCACCUCCCAGACAUGCCACAUGGACUAGAGUAUUGUCUAACAUUACCAUUAAAUCUCUGUGUGUCCUGCAGGGUCAGGUUCUGCAUUGCAUGUUAAUGUUCAAAUGAGGCAACUUGCUAUGAGUAGCAAUGUUACCUAAUGGGGCCACCGAGAUGCCCUCUUGAGUUCUAUGUUCGUCUUGCCAUGAAUCAUUACCAAGGAAGGACUGUGCUGCGGGCAAGUCAGUUCAGGCACCUCCAAUACAAGUAGAUUAGUCAGAAGAAGUGACUGUACCUGACAGCAUGUUUAUUUGGUGACUGUGCUUUUAGCUUGCUGGGCUGACAAAUAAAACAAGGUUAAGUUUUAGGAAAAUACCAUCCAUGUGAGGUUCAGGAGUCUAAAUUAAGCGAAGUAACAGAGACAGCCGAUGCACAUGAGUUGUCAUACUCCUUGACAGGUUACCUCUCCUUCGAGUCAGGUACUUAUAUGGGCAUGUCACCAGGGGGGCACUCACCACUAGUGAUGCCUCUUUCUGGCCAUCCUGGGGAUUAGCUCUGGCCAGUCAUUAUGCCCUCCUCCAUCCUCUUGUUGUCUGCCACUCAAGGGGCUCCCUCUUCAUGAUUUGGCCCUCCAGCCGAGUCACCAUGUGUGUUCCCCCUUCCAGGGUGUGCGCAUCAAAGUUCCUCCAUAUGAAAUGACAGUCUUCCCUUUACUGCUGAAACCGUGCCACUCCUCCAGUGGCUGGUAGGGGGACCCGGGCCCUCCUUCUACUCUGGUUCCUGGCUCAGGGGCCCUCUCAUUGGCAGCCAGUCUGACCUACCCCAUACCUUGUGGUUUUUUCCAUGAGCCUUGCCUACCUCUCUGCGUUUGCCAGCCCAAACUCCCCGCUCGAGUAACUGUAGGGUACUUGCCUCUAGCCCCAGACACACCUCCCUUCUCCCAGGAAGUGACUGCAAACUCCUUCCCUGCCUAUCCGUUUCUGCUGCCAAUUUCCUGGCUAUAUAGCUCCAACCCAGCUCCUUCCUCCUCAGCUGGCCGGCCUCAUUCAGUCAGGGGAUUGCUUAGCAACCUGACCCCUCAGUUGUGGCUUGUUGGGUUACACAAGGAGUCUGUGGCAGCUCCAGGGCUUGAACGCAUGUCUUAAAACCAGUCUUCCUACCCUUACCAGUUACAGGGGUCUCUUCAAAUCAUUGCCAGGCUCCAAAACCAGAUCUGCAAGGACAGUCUUGCCUGCAGCCUUCCAUUGUUCUUGGUAGAAAACAAAGGGAUCAGUGAUCCCUGCCCCACUCCCAAUUCUCCUUGUCAGGCAACACACUGAGCAGAGCAGAUGUUAUGCACAAGCAAAGAAAGUGUCUGCUUGGGGCUUGAGUCCUUGGGACUUGGCAGCUCCCAGGCCAGCACUAUCUCCCUCCCUUGCAGGAGGAAAUAGCACACUGCUAGCUCCUGCCAUCAAUAUGCUUAUGAGGGCAGGGAGCAGUGACUUGGUUCCCUAUUCAGGGAGCUCACAAACAGAGACUGACUGGUGCUGAGAGUGCCAAGGUCGUCAUUGCCCAUCUAGCCCAUGGGACCCCUGCAGAGAGCAGCACCCACACCUCCCUCCCUGACUAUUGUCAGUUGCUCCCCACAGGGGACUCUUUCUGACUCAGCAGCACUGAUAGGACCAGCUGAAAAUCUUAAAAUUAGAAGCAGUGCCAGUGGGGAAUUGGGACAGAAAGACAGCCCUGUAACCAGUUCCCACUGCUGAGCUCAGACUGCCAUGUCACAAAGGAGCUGGGACUGGACUGAAAAUCCCCAGAUGGAGAGCAUGACGGGCUGUGAGCAUAAAAGCUCCAGGGACUUGGGAGAAUGUUUCCAGAGAGCAGCCUUCUGUGGGGCACUUGGGUCACAUAUGAAUGAUUCUGGGACAGAGAAUAUCUGGGUUUGUGCAAAUUUAUCAAACUACUUUGGCUUACGUGGAAGGAUCUAAACAUAUUAAUUUCUACAGCUGCAGUCAAUGUAGGGAAAGGUCCAUGCUAUAAUGUAGAGUUUAUGUGCUGGUUUCCAAUAUACCAAGAAACCUGCACUGACCUGCAACUGUGAAGGAACCUUAGAGCAAACGUAGUGGUCUGAGUCUGACAGGAUUUGUAAAUUUAUUGCUGAAGGAGAAUAUUUUCUUUUUCCUGAUUAGCAUGAAGAGUCCAUGUAGAAAGCAGCAUUGCCAGAGUUUCUCCAAGUCAUUAACUUCUAUCCAGUGGGGAAAUUGUCAUUUCAAUUCCCUUAAUUACAGCUUUAAACCAUACACUGUCAACAGAUGCCUCAAACGUGACACCACUACACCUGGGCAAUGAGGUAGUCUCACUCGGGUGGACAGGACCAGACCUGUGCAUUCAACAGGCAACAAACAAGAUGAGAUGGGAUGAGACAAUCCUCAGUGCUAAGGGAGCGAAGAGGGGCUCAGAAAACAGUUUGAUUCCCUGAGCAAAGAGAUUUGGUGUUAGACACCUUGAGAAAUACUUGAAACUGGUUAUAAUUCAAGAAGCCAAGUCUAAACAGCAUUUAUAGCACUGAGCUGGGUUUGGGUUGAUUUGUAUAAUGUGGUUCUUGCAUUUUUCUUGUGUUAAUCUGAGUGAGGUGGAGGCCUCUGAACGUAAACAGCUCUUAAUUAAAAUGAGCUCAGUUCCACAAAAACAUGCCCAAAAAUAGUCUCAGAGAUUUAGGGUGACCCAUCUCUGCUGUCCUGUGCAUUGUUUCAGCUUCUGGUUUGUUUCUUAAAUUUAAUGUAUAAAUCUGAACAUGCAGAGACAACAGUAGCAGCAAAAUCAGAGCUGUGAGAGAGGGACAAGUUGGGAAUGUCUCAGCAUGAGUACGUUACCAGCUGUUCCUCAUUUAUUAAUCCUUAUGCUGAUCUCUGUGAUCUGAAAGUCAUUGAUUUUGUCUUUGGACCUUCAAGGAUAAAAUGCUUUCAAAUAGUCAAAGUUUGCAGAACAGAUUUGGUCAGAGAUUUUAGUUGUUUUUCUUUCUAGUAGAACAUCUCCAAACAGGAGAGUACUUGUGUGCCUUGGAUCCAUUAUUUCUUCAUUGGUGGUUUAGGAAAAUUCCACAUCAGAGUGUUUCAGUUUUGAAACUAAUAGUUGUAUUUGUUUAAAGCGCCUUUGCCAUAUGCCCUGUAGGCUGCUUGGCAAGAAUUGUAGCCACAUCAUCUAGGGUUUGUGGAAGUAGAAUUUAAUGCUGUAAUGUCAUUCCAGUAGAAUCCUAGAUUUGCACAUGCCCCAUGUGAUCAAGUCCCUUUUUGAUACGUUAUUGGCUUCUGUUUUUAGAGUAUUUUUAUUACAAUGGCAGAAAUGUAUCAGAAUAAGCUCUAUAUGCAGACAUUUUUUCUAAUGAGAAUGGGAUAUUUAUAUCUAGUGAGCAGAGUUAUGUUUUUACUGUGAUGCCAGAAAUUAAUCUCAUGUGACCUAAAUCACUGCAGGUACUGUGUUUACAAAAUAGCUGCCAGCAAUUAGACUGUCUUUCCUGUCAAGCAGACAACUAUCAAGCUUGAAAAGAUCUUCACCGUGAUAGGAAUGUGUUCUGUGUUCAAGGAUCUAAUUUGCUAAUCCUGGUGUUUCCUAGAUAAGAGGCAAGGACACAGAGGUAUUGUGUCCCCUCUUGCUCAUGUCUCAACAGCACACAUGGAAUAGGGAGAAAGCGUGGUUGUUUGGAUAUAAACUCUGCAAAAUUUUAGAUAAUUAAUAACACAAUAUAAAAAAUAGUAGCGUUCUGGUGAGUCAGGAUUGCUGCUGUUCCUGCAAGGGUGGAUGUUUAUAGGGGUUUAUCUCCUUCAUUACCCACUUGUUUAUUUCUGAGCGUAUCUCAGAGAAUCACUACAACGUGCUCAUCUUUAAAAUGACUGAAAAUGAGGCUGGUGUGAGACUAGAGCCAGCUGAGCUCUGUGUAUAUAUGAGGGAGAGCAUGAUCAAAAGAUUAUGGUUUUCAUCCAAGUUUUAAUCUGGGAUUGCUGAUACUACAGGUGAUAAUAUCUUUAUAAAAAUUAUAAAUCCACAAGGCAGUGCCUCAUAUGAUUAGUCCCGCUGCUUUCUCACCCCCCAGAUGGCAGAUGGAUGAGGGAAAGUUGGACAGUUGUUAUGUGCAGAGAUUUAUGGGACUGUUGUGGUGGAUGUGAGUGUAUCAGCAGAAUUAAGGUGGGCCCUGUUACUUUUAAUUCAGUUUAUAGUUUGGUCUCUUAGUGCACGUUCACUUGCAGAAAUAGGCCCUUUACUUCACCACAGGUGCAGUUCCACUGAUAACAGCAAGAUUGGAAGCUGUAGCGUAGAUGGGGCUUUGUCGUCUUCACCACUGCCUUACCUAGCUUUGCUGUGAGCCAUGGUUAGAUGACACAGUGGACAAAGGCAUGUACAUUGUUUGCCAUAGAGCUUGUCCUGUUACUCGUACUGAUGGAACUGCAUAGUGUUGAAUGCUGGGUCCCCUUUACAGAGCACGUGUAUCUGUAAUUUACUACCUGUGUACGUUGGGAAGCAGAGUCUCACAAUAGGAUAUAAUACAUUUUUUGUAUAUCGCUUGCAUACACAUGCUGAUACACACACUUCUUCAAUCCAGCCACAGCUACCCUGGAAGUAAAUUCCGUCUCAUCGUGUUAGUCUGGACUUUCUCCAGCAGGUAGGUGCCCAGUAGCUGCUACUAUAUUCCAUUUAGACUGCGGUAAAAGAAGCUUCCCUGCUUGGUAAGUCUGAUCAUCUUACAAACACACCCUUCAUAUUUUUGUUUUGUUACAAUUAAACCAUCAUAAUUUUUCAGGGGGGAGGGAUAGCUCAGUGGGUUGAGCAUUGGCCUGCUAAACCCAGGGUUGUGAGUUCAAUCCUUGAGGGGGGCCACUUAGGGACCUCGGGCAAAAAUCAGUAUUUGGUCCUGCUAGUGAAGGCAGGGGGCUGGACUCAAUGACCUUUCAAGGUCCCUUUGAGUUCUAGGAGAUAGGUAUAUUUCCAAUUAUAUAUAUAUAUAUAUAUAUAUAUAUAUAAUGUGACAGAUUAAAAGUUUGAAACUUUAAAUUAAAAUCUGGUUUCUUAAUUGGUUCAGGAUUGGGCCCAGCAUGUGUAAACAGUACAAGGAGAACAGUUCUUUAAAGUCAGUAGGACUUUUGCUGUUGAUUGAGUUGAGAGCUGGCCUACUGGCUUGCCACUGUAGAUUUACACAGAGCUGUGAUGCAAUACUGAAAUUUUCUUUAGAAAAGCAUUAUGUUUGAAACCCACCCUCCACCCCUCCAUGUGUGUAAAGAAUUCCAACUUUGCCAACAGAGAUAUAAAAAAAAGGAUAGGCCAAAUUGUAGUUCUUCCAACAUGAAAUGCAUCUCAGCACUUACAAAGCUUCCUGACUGUGACAGUUUGAAUGAAUUUUAUGUAUUCAAGAUAAAUGAAAAUAGUUACAUGGGACUCAGCACUGUAUGUUAUAUCAGAAAACAGGAGUAAAAUUUUGUUAAUGUGCACAACAUACAUAAAUGUAUAGUUUUAUGUUUACAAUUUAAUAUUUAAAUGUAAUUACAAAUUCUACAUAAUAAACUUCCCCUUAAAUCUGU